UCCACCUCAGUGCCUUGCAGAGGAGCGGGAGCCUCUUUCGCUUGUUCCCUUUGCCCGCGGCUCUGUGGCGAGGACACCGCAGAUUCCACCGCCCCUCCUCAGCCAGACGCGGUCGGCAGGUCGCUCCCGGCUAGCGGAUCGCGGGGCUGCCGCUGUCUGCCCCGGAGGUGAUGAUGGAGGGUAGGAAGGGGAGCGCUGCAGAGGCAGCUCCUCCAGCCAGUUGGCUGCUACCCGGGGAUCCCGGCCCCAGAGGCCGUUCCCAAAGCGACAUCUCCUCCUUCUGUUCCUCCAGAAGAAGCCACCCGUUCAGAUCCAACAUCUCAGGCUCCGUUGAUGGAUUAGACAAGGCUUCAAUUGCAAAUUCUGAUGGGCCAACCCCAGGAUCCCAAACCCCUCCUUUCAAGAGAAAAGGCAAACUCUCUACUAUUGGCAAAAUAUUUAAACCUUGGAAAUGGAGGAAGAAGAAGACCAGUGACACAUUUAAAGAAACAUCAGCAGUGUUGGAAAGGAAGAUUUCGACAAGACAAAGCAGAGAGGAGCUGAUAAGAAAGGGAGUUCUGAAGGAAAUACCUGAGCAAGCUGGUGAUGUAACAGUAAAUUUUGAAACCUCAAAUGGGCACACCAUAACAAUCAGUGAAGAAACCAUCCAGGAAGAAAAUGUAAUAAAGACCACAGAAGACAAUGGCUCCUUAUCAGCCAAAGCGUCAGCUGUGGAAGGAAAAAAAGAAGAUAAAAAAGAGAGCACUGUUAACAGUCCUGAAAAACCAGCAUCCCAUGCUCCACUGCCACCUAAGUCUAAGUCUAAGCCUAAACCUAAAAAAGCAUCAAUACCUCCAAAAAAUGCUGCUGCUGCUGCCGCUGCCACCAGCCAUAAGAGUAAUGAAGCACCUCAUGUUAAAAAAAAAGUCAAGGCUCCUGCCAAGCAGCCCCCUGUCCCACCUCCCAAGCCAACAGGUCACAAUGCAAAUCAAGAAGCUGCUAGUUCCUCUCACGUAAAAAAAUCAUCUGUCUCCAAGUCAUCUUCUUCACAGUCUCCUUCAUCCACAUCAUCUCAUCCAAAAGCCUGUAAGGAGACAGCACCUAGUAAAACGGGCACAUCAGGAACUUCCAAGGGCAAAAGGAAACCCGGGAAGCAGUCAACCCCACGAACCCAUGCAGACGGAGACGUUUCUUCCUCCUCCAAUGCAGCAGCAGACAGUUUAGAAACAAACUUGGAAAACUCUCAUUCAGAGCAACCUCCCGUCAUAAUUUCUGAGGCUGAAGAUACAGACCAGCAGAGCAAACUGAUUGUCCCUCCUCCUCCCACGGCGCCGCCGCCACCGCCGCCGCCUUCUCCUCCUUCAGCCAGUCAGUCCACUGACUCUCCAGAAACACCAGAUGUACCCAUUAGCAGCGAAGCAGGCCUGUCCGUCCCAGGCUCAGAUUCUAAUCCUCUUCUCCAGACUGAACAUGAAACAGACAAUGAAAACCUUAGCAGGGCAGCCCUAGACAGUAGCCUGGAUAGGAGUGAAGAAAACACAACAUGUUCAGUUACCAAAGAAGACCAGGAAGAGGAGACUCCUAACCUAGCAAGUCCUCAACCAACAGAAGAACCUCCUGAGCCUAUGGCCAAUCCGGAAAGUGAAAGCAGCAAAGAGAGCCACACCAGUGACUCUGAUUCAGAUGGGCCAAUACUCUACACUGAUGAUGACGAUGAUGACGACGAUAACACAAGUGCAGAAAGCUCUUUGGCAAGUAAAAUCCGUCGUAGGGAUACUCUUGCUAUCAAACUUGGCAACAGACCAUCUAAAAAAGAAUUGGAAGACAAAAAUAUCUUGCAGCGUACCUCUGAGGAGGAGAGGCAGGAAAUCAGACAUCAGAUUGGAACGAAGCUAGUGAGGAGACUUAGCCAGAGGCCCACAACUGAAGAGCUAGAGCAGAGAAACAUCCUGAAGCAAAAGAAUGAAGAAGAAGAACAGGAAGCCAGGAGGGAAUUAAAACGCAGACUCAGCAGAAAGCUCAGUCUGAGACCUACAGUGGCUGAACUGCAGGCAAGAAGAAUCCUACGUUUCAAUGAGUAUGUGGAGGUAACAGAUUCCCCAGAUUAUGAUCGCCGAGCAGACAAGCCCUGGGCAAGGUUAACUCCUGCAGACAAGGCAGCAAUACGGAAAGAACUGAAUGAAUUUAAAAGCACAGAAAUGGAAGUACAUGAGGAAAGUCGACAGUUUACAAGGUUUCAUCGUCCAUAAUUGUUUGACAGUAUCUCAUACUUCACACCCGUUUCCUUCGGGAAAAUCAUUGCAUCAUGAAGACCUGAGAUUGCACUGGAACUUGAACGAGUGUGAGCGCGUGUUGCAGCUUACCCUGAGGUUAAUGAUGAAUGUGGCCCUUAUCUUUAUUAGAGAACAAGAGAUUUGACUGGGACCAGAACCUAGGGAAAGUGGGGAUAACAUUCCAUUUUAACUAAGCAAUGUCUUGAUAGUAAGAGAGAUUGUGGUUCUGUGGCUAGCUCACACAGAUAUGUUGAUAUUUUUUCAUCAAAGCUUGAGAAGACAGGAAGAGCUGAAGACAAUCGUUUGAGAGCCUGUGGCUAGAAACCCGUCAGACUUUACAUCAUGGUGACUGAGUGUAAUUGUGGGUACAGUGGGAACACAGAGAGAGGCGGGGGGGGGGAAGAGACUUCACCUGUAAGUUAACAGAAAAAAGUUAGAACAAACUGAUAGUAAGUUCUUUGUGAAACUGGUUUAAUUGUAUAUUUGGAUGGCAAGAGGAAAAAAAUUGUAAGUCUGGGAGUUUGAGCAACUGUGUGUGUGUGUGUUCUAGAGACCUCAGCCUGUCCUAGCAAGACAGUAAGCCACCAAGUCCUCAUUUCAUCAGUACUUUAGUGAAGUACAGUAAUUUGUGGUACCAGUGAACUUACUUGCCAGAAAAUAUUCUUGUUAUAAUUCAGAUGUAUUUUUUAAAAAUUCUGAAAAGCAUGCUUAAAGAAAAUACAUUGAGUAUUCAUAUAGCAUAGCUAAAUAUGGUUGGUAUGUUUUUAUACAAUUAUACCUUGGAUUCUCCAUGAUGAUGCAUCAGAAUUACACAAGUAGGUUUCAAAGGACAAAUAACGAGAAAUUGUGAGUGCAAUGAAAGGAUUCAUGUUUUGAAACACUCUUCUUUUGUUUGUCACUCACGUUGUUGUCAAAGUAGUGGCACCAAUAUCUCUGUGAACUAUGGCAGACAGUAUUGACAAUCAUGACAUUCUAAUUUGAAUCCAAAAUUAAAACUGAAAUUGGCCAUGAAUUUGCAUAUAAGUAGGUUUGGAAAGUGGUUAACAAUGUGACUUUAACUUUAAGAGCAACAUUAGAUGGAUCCCUUGGAUUGCUUCUAGAAAGAAUUAACAUGUGGAUCAAUACAUCUUCAUCAAGGGUCUUGUAAAAACUACAGAAAAUCCUUAGUAUCCACAGCCUGUUUUUGUUGUAUGUGAAGAAUGCUUAUUAACUCAUAACUUCUGAAAUUGCAUUUGCGAAUACAGUACUAUUAAAAUUAAAUGGUAUGGAGCGUGAAAGGCAAUAUAUGCUUUUGUUAUGUCAGCCCUAAGGCCUAUUACUAGCCUUUGGCAUUGUUUACACUAAAAAAAUUCUCUGUCUUAUAUUGGCACUUAUUUAUCCUUUGGUUUAUGUACACAAUGAUUUUUCUGGGCCUGGAGUACACAUAAACAUACAUGUAAUGCAGUAUUACAGUAUAUAUACUAUUUAUCCUUUUUUUAUAUGUGUACAUAAUUACAAUUUAUUUUUGUCUUUUAUGUGCCCUGUUUAGUUUUUAAUUAUGAAAGCUAAGUAUUUUUUCAGGCAAUAAAAGGUUUGUGCAGAGUGAUUUUUA